CCGUGAUGUAGCUGUUCAGCAUGUCAAUGCUGACGAGAAGCGGUACGUUGGUCAGGAAGAACCGCGGAAGCGGCAAAAGAUCGUCAGUGCGCAGGACCAGAUCGGGCGGAAGUAGCACCAGCACGCGCCCGGAGGAUGACGAAUCCUCUGUUCCGCCAUCACCCAUCACCAAGUUUGACCCACAUUGUCACGCCCGCGCUUCCCCAGCAAAAAGUGUUACAAGCACUGUUGUGUCUUUCAACGAUGACCGACAGCUGUACGAGACCAAUCUCGAGUGGGACGCCGCUCUUUCCAGCGCCCACUCCAGCCAUGACGUCUGUCUACAACUACAGGAGGCUAACAAAGAGGCUGACGGGGCGUGCGACUUCGACUGCAGGGGCUCUCUUGUGACCGGUAUAUUGGCGCUGUCUAUGGUACUUCCUAUUGUGAUGUUAUCAAUGGGUGUGAAGUAUCUUAACGACUGUCCAUUGGAACCUCGGAUUCCGGUCUACCUGUUAGUGGGCGGGUGUUUCGGCAUGCUCAAGCUGACCAUCAACCUAUGGCGAGCGAUUCAGUCUCGGAAAGCCGACAGUGCUGACACGUUCUAUGACGUAGGUGACAGCGCCGCUCUGACGUCACGCACGUACCGCGUGAUGAACUAUCUGUUGAACACAUUCCUCCUGGUGUGGCAAGUCCUCGGAUCCUACUGGGUGUUCAUGUUAUGGGAGCCUAAAUACUCGCCGCAGCUCCACCGCCCUAGCAACUGGUGCGACCGGACAGUGUACAUGUUCACAGUUAUACAAAUCAUUGGUCUCUACACAUACCUGUGCCUUUGGAUUCUGGGGGUGUGUUUCCUGACUUUUAUCUAUCGGUCUUCGUGUGUAGGACAGAUAGACAAUGUAUAAAUAACUAUCUUAGAUGCUCAAUCACUGGUCAGAUCAGCUUGGUCCUCGAGUGUGGAACAGACACACAGUGUAUAAACGACACACAAAGUUGCUCAAUCAUUUGUCAGAUCAGCUUGGUCUUCGUGUGUGGAACAGACACACAGUGUAUAAACGACACCCAAAGGUGCUCAUUAACUGGUUAGAUCAGCUUGGUCCUCGUCUGAAAAGCAGGCAGACGACGUGUAGACGACACCAAAAUAUGAUCAAUCAAUUGUCAGAUCAGCUUGGUCCUCGAGUGUGGAACAGACACACAAUGUAUAAACGACACCCAAAGAUGCUCAAUCACAGGUCAGAUCUGCUUGGUCCUCUUGUGAGGAGCAGACAUAGGAUGUGCAGACGACAUCCUAUGAUGCUCAGUGACUGGUCAUGACAUCGGUUCUAGUGAUUGAACUGACAAUAAUUUACAAAUAUUUAAGAUGCUCAUUUCCUUGUCAUUUCAACUGGAUUCCUCUUGUAUGUAAGACGUACAAUGUUCAAUGUCAAAAGUAAAUGCACAAUUCAUUUUCACUGGGUCCUUCUCUACUGGUGGCGUAUGCUUAUCAGACGGACAAUGUAUAAAAGGUUUCACUUCCUUGUAAGAUCUGCUCGGUUUUGGUGUCUCGGUAUUCCCGAGACUGCGGCAGAGCAGACGACAUUAACAAUCUAAAGCGGUGUGAAAAUUAACUAAUGCACAGAUGAUAUCAUUACGGUUUCGUUUAGUCUCGGUGCUAAUGUGUGAAGUGCGACUACACUGGUAAUGGACAGACAGCUUGCAAGUGUAAUUAGAACAUCUAAAGCGGUCCGCGUUGAGCUUUCUAUAAAAUACACGUACGUUUGUCUAACGCCAUCAGACGAUGCUUGAACGACUCGCUUGGUAUCUGCUACUGGUGGAUGUGAAACAUCAAACAUCACUAUUACACCAUCACCCGACGACCACCACAGCACCCCCUAUGUCAUCGACGACAGAAGCGACCUUGAGACAAUGUUCAACAGGAUGACUGCAACAGCAAGGAUAUAAUAUGAAAGUAUUUUUGCGUGCAAUAUUCGGAAACAAUUAUGUUGCCUCAGGUUUUCCAUUAAAAGUAAAUUGUUUGCAGGUGAUGCAGAAUGUCGACGAUAUUGUUUUUGUUGGAAAAAUGUUCGACUUCUGUUUCCUGAGCAAAAAGUGUUUGUCCUGAAGCAGUGAUAGAAAGCAUACUCUGUCAUUGACGUGUAGCUAACAAUGGCAUUCCCUGCUGAAGCUUCAAACCACACUGCUAAAC